UCGUAUUUUUAUGUUUUGAAUAUGAACGAUCCGAACAAAGCAAUCAGCGUUAAUUUAUCAUCACUGCUCAGUUUAAAGGCAGAAUUACAGCGCAAACAGCAUGAGGUCAAACUGGCCAAGGCCACCAAGACGACGGCCAAUGAAUUUCGACCCAAUAAAGUCGAUAGCGACAAGGAAAAGUCUCGAUCGAAUGGCAGUAAGAAAAAGGAGCACAAUUACAAGGAAAUCAGCCGCAAUGAGGACGCUAAGGUAUAUGAAACAGAGGACUUGGGACAGUUAGAAAAAUCACGUCGUGUGCUGGAGGCAAAGAGUAAAUUUUAUGAUCGUAUGAGUCGCAGUGGCGGCGCCCUCAACUCCGACGAUAAUUGUCUGGUGAUGUUCAACCGCAAACGCCAGGAGCAGGAUAUAGAGGAUGCAGAGCCACCAACAUGUACUCCGAGAGAACGAUUGAUUAGCAGCAGCAGCAGUAGCAGCGAGGAAAGCAGGGACAGCACAGAAGCUGUCAACGAUGAUGAUGAAGUGGAGUACACGGAUUGCUUGGGACGAACACGCAAAUGUUUGCGGCGUGAGCUUAGCGAAGCGAAGAAACGCGACAAGCAGCUAGCAGACAGUAUGCCCGAGCGUCUGGAUCAAACCAAAGCCAAUUGGAUGAUAGAUACAAAAGGCAGCGGCCACUACAAGAGCGACAAUGACGAGGACGACGAGGAGCCCAGCUAUGGACCGAGACCCACAGAGAGUGUAUUUAGUGAGGCACUCUCCACGAUGACCAAGCAUGAUGAGCAGCGCGUGAACUGGGAGCGCAAGGAGCUGGAGAAUGUGGACAAGCCAGAUGUUCACUAUCAGGAUGUGUUCUUUGAUGAGGCGCGCACACACGGCGUCAGCUACUAUGCCUUCUCCACGGACGAGGCGGAGCGUACGAAGCAGCAAAGGGAACUGGAUUUGGCCCGAAAGGCAACGGAGGCGGAGCAAAAGCGACGCGAUGGGAUGCGUGCUCAACGCGAUAGAAUCGUUGCGGAUCGUGUGCUUGCAGCUAAGAAUCGGAUACGGGCGCGCAAUGGUCUCCCGCCCAUCAGCAAGGAAGACUACGAGCAGGAGCAGCAGCUAAAGAUAGCAGAAGCCGCUGCCAAAUCAGUUGAAAUCGAACGUGAAAAGACGAAAGUAAAUGAAGCAAAGGCGGCGCUAAAGGCAGCCGAGGAAGCGGAACGCGAUGAGCUGCGCAAGGAGCACAUUCGAGAUUGGGAUAGGGAUAAAACGGGCGUGGCCAAGAAGCACGCUGAUGAAGAGGACCCAGAGCCAGAGGAAUGGCAAUAUAAGGCCGAACGGCUGCCCAUGUCCCAGGAGCAAUGGAACGAAAAGCAGCGCGCUGUACGUGCCCCAGAAUUUGCACCCAUGCCAGAGAUGCCACCGAAGCGCACCAAUUUCAAUAGCAUGCCACCGCCAUCGCAGCUUUUGUUUCCGCAUACUGAACAGGAGUUUAACAGCUUCCAUUCGACCAAACGCGAGAAACAAUUCCAGAGACGCAACUAUACAAAAGCUAGCGAUGAUCUGGAUGCAGAUCAAUCAGCAGGCAGCAGCUCAAUGCAGUUUCAUAGUCAAGGCGCUGCCAUACCGCCACCUGCCUGUCUGGAUGCUGGUUAUGGUGGACCGCCAGAUGCCAAGCGUGCCAAGUCACAGGCGGAGCUCGAACGCUCCAUUGAGGCGGGUCUGAGAUUUCUGCGCAACAACUGCGACAAGGGCGUGCUGGGCAACAAGGCUACCUGGACCGCUAAGGCGGACUAUUAACUACACAAUGAUUAGAUUAAGUAAAGUACUCGAUCGUUAAGAAAUUAUCAAAUUAAUAAAUAAUUAAUAUACAAUUAUAA